CGUGAAUGAAAGGAAAGAGCCCGGGGAAGCACAGAUUUGGGGAGUCUAGGAAAAUGCCUGAUAUGGUUUAUCGAAAGGACCCAGCGACUUCAUAUUUAUAUCAAAUGUAAAGGUAUUUAUUCAUCUUUAAGCUUUUAUAUGCCCUUAGUUAACACCCGUCCCUGCAGAAUAAGAGACUUGAUGUUAACCGCCUUUAGCAGCCUGUUUUGGAUUAGGCUCUGGAGUAGACGCCCCGAGCAGAGGGGUCCUCGGGGCAGCCGGAGACCUACGGAAGAUGGCACCUAUGGCGGCCGGACUGGAUGGGUGCCUUUUGCCGGCUUUUGGGCUGCGGCUGCUGCUGGCGACUGUGCUUCAAACGGUCUCUGCGUUUGGGGCAGAGUUUUCAUCAGAGUCUUGCAGAGAGUUAGGCUUCUCCAGCAACUUGCUCUGCAGCUCCUGUGAUCUGCUUGGACAGUUCAACCUUCUUCAACUGGAUCCUGACUGUAGAGGAUGCUGUCAGGAAGAAGCACAAUUUGAAACCAAAAAGCUGUAUGCAGGAGCUAUUCUUGAAGUCUGUGGAUGAAAAUUGGGGAGGUUCCCUCAAGUCCAAGCUUUCGUCAGGAGUGAUAAACCCAGACUAUUCAGAGGACUACAAAUCAAGUAUGUUCGCGGUUCAGACCCUGUGCUAAAGCUUUUGGACGACAAUGGGAAUAUUGCUGAAGAACUAAGCAUCCUCAAAUGGAACACAGACAGUGUAGAAGAAUUCCUGAGUGAAAAGUUGGAACGCAUAUAAAUCUUGCUUAAAUUUUGUCCUAUCCUUUUGUUACCUUGUCAAAUGAAAUGUCACAGCACCUAGAAAAUAAUUUAGUUUUGCUUUCUUCCAUUGAUCAGUCUUUUACUGUGAGGCAUUAAACAUCUAAUUAAAAGUUGAAGUGGCAGCACAACCCAUGUUAUGUAAGGAGUUGGCAAGCUUAACAAAACCCAUUUUUUAUAAGUUUCCAUCCUCCAUUUGUUGAUAGCACUAACAAAAUGCUUUGUAAUAGUCUUGUGGUUAAUUAUGCAAAUGAUAAUUUGUGAUAAUUGGUCCAGUUUUACGAACAACAGAUUUUUUAAUUAGGGAGGUUAAUAAGGGAGAUGAUUACUGUGCCUCAUGUGCUGUGUGCUUUUUGAAAGUGAAGACAGAAAACUACAAAGCAAAUACGAUAUACCGAGCCUCAACAGAUUGCCUGCUUCUCAGAUCCUCUCAUAUUUUUGUAUUACCCAGCUUUCCUUUUAAUAGAAACGUUAUAGCUUAUAAUGAAUGCACUGCAUAAAAACUGUAUGGCUUCAUUCUUGUAAAACAGAUUCAAGAUCUAUGGUAAGAGUGAAACAUUCACACAGAGAUUCGCAUUAAUGAAGACUACACAGAAAACCUUUUUGUGGAUUUGUGUGGAUCUGAUAUUUAGCAAAUUUUUGUGCUUUACAUUCUUACAGAAGAGUAAAGUUAAAAAUUAUCAUUUGUAAGACCAGAAUAUAAAUAAAACGUUUCAAAAAUC